AUGCCACAAAAAUACAAUGCAAAGAAUUCGGAUGAGGCUUCAAAUAAACAAGCAGCAAAUACAUCGACAAGUGCGCAUGCGUCCAGCGUCGAUCACGAGAACGUACUAUUAUCAACGGCCGUCGUGCGAGCAAUAGGGAAGUGCACAAUAUCAGUCUUAUGUCGAUCCCUAUUGGAUUCGGGAUCACAAAGUAAUUUUAUAACUGAAGAAAUUGUUCAAGCCUUGAAAUUAAAAAAAAUUAAAACGAAUCAUCAAAUAAACGGUACAGGUGCUAUUACGCAACACGCGCACUCAUACGUACACGCGCGUUUCGAGUCCCGUUUCAAUAAUUACAAUUUUUCGUUAAAAAUGCUAGUGGUUCCAAAAAUUACAGGCGACUUACCGGCAAAAAAUAUUACCGAUCUAUGUGGUAUGCCGGAAAAUAUCAAGCUAGCCGAUCCGUUAUUCCGCGUUCCUCAAAAAAUAGAUAUUUUAAUUGGUGCCACGCACUUUUAUGAUUUAUUAUGCGAGCGACAAAUAAAACUACAUCGUAACGGCCCGGUGUUUCAAGAAACCAAGUUGGGUUGGGUUGUAUCGGGGCCGGUGUCGAGCUUAGAACGUGAAACUGAAAUGACAAAUAGUACCGUUCAUCAUACUACAUCGACACACACGGAAUCAAUUUUGGAAAAUACAUUACCUUGUUUCUGGCGUAUGGAAGAAAUUAUAAUUGAUGCCCCAUUAACAGCAGAAGAAAAAAUAUGCAAAAAAUAUUUUGACGAUACUGUGUCGCGUGGUAAAGACGGACGUUUCAUUGUGCACCUGCCAUUUCGUAAUAACAUAUUAAAGGUAGGAAAUUCAUACGAUAUCGCCAAACGACGUUUUUUAUCUCUCGAGCGGCGACUCGAAAAUAAUACAGAACUAAAAAAUGAAUAUAUUAAAUUUAUGAAUGAGUACAAGGAAUUAGGACACAUGGAACAAGUAUUCGACGAUGAUUACACCAAUAACGUCAAUACAUGUUACUUGCCACAUCACGCGGUUAUGAAAGAGUCUAGCACGUCGACGCGGUUGCGAGUAGUCUUCGACGCGUCAUGUAAGUCCGACAAUGGCGUAAGUUUAAAUGACAUGUUAUUAAAAGGACCAGUUCUCCAAGGUGAGUUACUAUUCAUUCUUACAAGAUUUCGCACGCAUAACUACGUGUUAUCAGCCGAUAUCGUAAAAAUGUACCGACAGUUUUGGGUAGCCGACAAACAUCGAAGUUUUCAGCGAAUACUAUGGCGGGAGGACCCAAGUGAACCGAUUAAAAUAUUCCAAUUAAACACUAUUACGUACGGAACAGUACCCGCAUCGUUUUUAGCUACCGGUUGCUUGAAUAAACUAGCGGAAACGGUACGUAACACACAACCUGAAGUUUACGCCGCGAUAACACACGAUUUUUAUAUGGACGACCUCUUGGGUGGUGCUGACACCUUAGAAGCAGCGAUACAACUACGUGACGGACUCAUUGAAGUUUUGGGAUCGGCGGGGUUGGAAUUACGAAAAUGGACGUCAAAUAAAAUUAAGUUAAUUUCUGACUUGUCGAUAGAUGUUAAUGAUGGUAAAAAUAUCGCCACACACGAAGCUAUUAAUAAUUCGAUAAUAAAAAUACUCGGAUUAUAUUGGAGCUCCAAUGCGGACACGUUACAAUUCAAAGUACACGAAGAACACCUCAAAGACAGUAAACAAAUUACGAAACGCGAAAUUCUGUCAAAGAUAGCGUGUUUGUUCGACCCACUUGGAUUGAUCGGACCAGCUAUUGUUCGUGCUAAAUUAAUUUUACAACGGCUAUGGCUGUUGAAAGUGCAAUGGGACGAACCACUUCCAAAUAGUAUUCAGGACGAAUGGAAAGAGUAUAGAACUUCGUUAAUGUCAUUAAAUGAAUUGGUUGUACCACGAAAAAUUAAGGGUGACGGUAACAUAAUUAAUAUUCAAAUUCAUGGUUUCGCCGAUGCAAGCAUUGAAGCUUAUGGGUGUUGCUUAUUUUUACGUAGCACAAAUUCAGAUGGCGUACACACGUCCAAGCUGAUAUGCGCAAAAUCAAAGGUCGCGCCACUCAAGGUCGUAUCGCUACCGCGAUUAGAACUAUGCGCCGCGGUACUACUGGCGAGACUAGCAUGUAGAGUUAUUCCAAAAAUACAACUAGACGUCAGCAAAAAAUAUUUUUGGUCUGAUUCGAAUAUAGUGUUAGCAUGGAUAGCUUCUCAGUCAACAAAAUGGCGUACAUUCGUUGCCCAUCGCGUGGGAGAGAUACAAGAAAAAACGUCGGUAGCUGAUUGGAAUCAUGUUGACACGAAAGACAAUCCAGCUGACAUUAUUUCUCGAGGUUGUUGUCCGUCCAAAUUAACCAAUACAUCGUUGUGGUGGUAUGGUCCUGAUUGGUUGGUAAACGAUGAAAAAAACUGGCCUAAAUCGAAUAAAAACGAAAAUAUUCUAAAUUUAGAAAUACCUGAAGCGCGGUCAGUGACCUUAGCUACGUUCGACGCAAGACCGCAAUAUCCGUCACUGAUAAACCGAUACUCGUCUUUAAAUAGAUUAUUGCGCGUCGUAGCGUAUUGUUUACGUUUUUGUUAUAACCUGUCGCAUAAAAAUUCAAAACUCGACGGUGUGUUAAGUAUCGAAGAAAUUAACAAAGCACGGAUAUCUAUAAUAAAAUGUAUUCAAAGGGAAGCUUUUGCGCGUGAAAUUCGAGAUUUGAUUAAUUUAAAUAAGGUAGCCGUAUCGAGUAAAUUAUUCCGACUAUGUCCGUUUUUAGACGAAAAUAAUAUUGUACGUGUAGGAGGACGAUUGAAAAAUGCCUCUACGUUAGACGUCGAUCAGCGCCAUCCAAUCGCAUUGCCGGCGGAUUGUCACUUUACACGGUUAUUAUUUGAGUAUGAGCAUAAGCGAUGCAUGCAUGGAGGUCCACAGGCGACACUAUGCUCGAUACGCAUACGAUAUUGGCCGAUAAAUGGUCGAAAUAUAGCCAGAAGUGUAGUGCAUGAAUGUGUAACGUGUUUCCGUUAUAAACCAAUAGUCGUGCAGCCGAUUUUGGGCAAUCUACCCGCGGAACGAGUAGAACCGACGCGCGCUUUUUCAAGUUGUGGUAUUGAUUUUGCCGGCCCUUUUAUGAUCAAGACAAGUGUGCGGCGUAAUGCCCCUUUAGUAAAAGCGUAUGUAUGUAUUUUUGUUUGUUUUUCAACAAAAGCAGUACACAUGGAAUUAGUCGGAGAUCUGAGCACACCAGCAUUUAUUAACGCAUUAAAUCGUUUUUUUGACCGACGAGGAAGAAGUAUUACUAUUUAUACCGACAACGCGACUAACUUUGUUGGAGCAAAUCGCAAAAUGAAGGAAUGGAGCGAUCUAUUUCAUUCGGAACAAAAUAAAAAAAAGGUACAUGACGCGUUAACAGACCUCGGCGUUCAAUGGCGUUUUAUUCCCCCGCGAUCACCGCACUUCGGUGGGUUAUGGGAAGCCGCGGUCAAGUCCAUGAAGCAGUUAUUACAGAAGACUGUAGGUAACGCUCACUUGCGUUUUGAAGAGCUUAGUACUGUGCUUACGCGUGCCGAAGCUUGCCUAAAUUCCCGACCUAUUACUCCUAUGUCAUCCGACCCAAACGACACGUCCUUUUUGACCCCAGGUCAUUUCCUUAUAGGCGACUCACUUUUAUCGAUACCGGAACCCGACUUGUCAAAUAUACCGACAAGCCAUUUGUCGAGAUGGCGUCGCGUGACUCAAUAUUCACGAACUAUCUGGCAGAAAUGGAGUCGUGAGUAUUUGAAUCAGCUACAAGAGAGAAAGAGGUGGGCCGGUGCCAAGGGACCUAAACUGGAAGUGGGUACCGUGGUAUUAAUGCGAGAAGAUAACCUCCCUCCAUUAAGAUGGCGUUUAGCGCGAGUUACAAAGGUUAUUGCUGGUGAUGAUGGUGAGGUGCGGGUCGCUGAAGUCCAAACUACGACGGGACAGUUCACACGGGCAGUUCGACAAUUGUGUCCAUUGCCGUUUAAAGAAAACGGCACUGAGUAG